UGGCGGAGCAUGGGGUUUUGACAGCCUGGGAAGGGAGAGAUUGUUGUGUGCCGGUAACAUCCCGUGGCAUCUUGAGAGACUCCAACACAAAUUAUUUCUGUGUGAUGCAUUGCUUAAAGCCUGAAUGUCAAAGGUCUCUGGAUAAAAGAAUAUCCAAUGGCCAAGGGAACCAUGCCAGUCUAACGACAAGUAAAUCAAGUUUGGCUGAUAUCUUAUGUAAAAAAUCUACUUGGCCAAACAAAAUUUAUUUUCCUAUGUUUAUCUGUUCUAAAUUUUUUACAUGUUUGCGUAAGGUGAUACAGAUAUAUAUGUUUUUCUAGUUAACAUCGUAUUAUGUAAGCUUAUAGUGUUCUUGGAUUUUCCGGCCCUCUCCCUUUCAUGUUUAAAGUUAAAUAUUAAGAUGGCCUCUGGCCAUUGAUUCCAGUUGGGAUAUUUUAGAGCACUUGUAAAUUGGUUAUUUGGUUAUAUAUCAUUGUCGCUACAGAAACUCUGCUCUGCAAUGUAAAUAAAACCCUCUAAAGAAGAAGCAACUCAUCAGAAACGCAAAGUAGGUUUUAAGAACAUCUCCAGCAAAGACGUGUUCUAGUGGUCAUGACCAGUUUUGGUAAUAUGUUUCCACAGUAACACUGUAGUUACCAUGAUGACGAAACUGGAUGAGCUGAAGGAUAUGAUUGACAUGAUGAUUCUUGAUAGUUAUGGUUUGGGAGAGAAAUCGAAUUCAAUCGUGCCAUGUAAGACGCUGCUACAGGUGAUGAAGUACAGCGCACCUCCAUCUGGAGAGUACAUGAAAGGGCUCCAAGCUCACACGGACAAACAAUUCAGCACAGUACUUUGUGAUGAUCAAGUUUCUGGGCUUGAAUUUGAAACCAAGGAUGGACAAUGGAACAAGUUAUCUCUAUCUCCUAGCUCCUUCAUCUUCUUUGUUGGAGAUCCUCUUAUGCAAACAUGCAACUUGGUAACACCUUCUAAAUGUGCUGAAGCUUGAAGAUACACAUAUAUGUGAUCACUCAUGAUGACUACUUGUCCUUGACAUCGACUUGCGGGCAUGGAGUAAUCUCAGAAUGCAUCCCGUGAAGCAUCGUGUGAUGAUGUCUGGAGAAAAAGAUCGAUACUCUCUAGGAGCAUUUGCAGUUCCAGUUGAGGGUACCAUCAUCAAGACACCAAAGGAGUUAGUUGAUGAAGAAUAUCCUCAAAUUCUCAAAGAAUUUGACCACAUGGAUUUUACCAAGUUCUCCUAUUCAGAGGAAGGAAGGGCCAUAGACUCAGCAAGGCAAGUUUUUGUGUUUGCUGGAAUUAGCACUUUGAGAACAACUUCAUGGAUCUUUUGAGACACUCCAAACAGUUGUAUAGAAAUUUUCUAUUUCCAUUCUC